AGAACAAAACUUUCAAGACAGUUAACUGCUUGAUUUAAUCAGAUAUUUGUGUAUCAUAUAUAGAUAUAUUUUUUAAAUGGCAAAAUUUACUCGGUCAUCAGUGUAUAAAGGAUCGGAUAUCAUGCUGGAUUAUUCUUGCAUGCCCUGUGAAGAAAAAGGUUUUUCAAAAGAGGCGGAAGUAUAUUGUGAAAAAUGCACAACAUUUUACUGUGGAUCGUGUUUAAACUUGCACAAUCAGUUGUAUAAAACACACACGAGGUAUGAAAGAUCCGAUAUGAAACAUUGGCCACUAGCUAGGGCUACACGAGAUUGUGUAGAGAAGUGUGAGUUACACAUGGACGAGAAAUUGAAACUUUUUUGUGAGGACCACGAAAAGCUCUGUUGCAACACUUGCAUAUCGCUGAACCAUCGUCAGUGCGCUAAGGUGUCUCUCAUAACAGAUUUAGUAAAUAUCACGUCACCUGGAGACCUUCAACAACUUUUUGAUGACAUCAAGACGAUAAAGCAACAACUGAAAGAGCUACGAAAGAGUCGAGAGGAGAACAUUGCGUCCUUGCAAGAUUCAUUGAAGAAAAGCAAACAAUACAUAACAGAUGUGCGUAACAAAAUUAACACUGUAUUAGAUAAGCUUGAGAAAAUGACACUGACAGAGCUGGAUGUUUCAAUUGCAAACCUCAAGACAGACUUUAAAAAAGAUGUUGACAACUGCAAUAAGCUGUAUGAGGAGUUGAAAAGUUUCAGAGACGCAAUUCAUGAAAUAGGUGAAAACAAUAAUGAACUCGUCUUCGUAGCAAAUCAAAAAUGGUUGGAAAUGAAAAAACAAUCGGAAUCUUAUAUACAAGAACUUUCCGGAAAACCUGGUAUUUCAUUAUCGCUUCAGGCCAACACUAAUAUUGAAAAAUAUUUGUCGGAACUACAUGGUUUGGGCAUAAUAAUACACACAGAUUUGGUUACUUCAUAUCGUGCAUUAUCUGUGAUUUGUAAGACUGAGUUCAGUGUACAUUCAAAUGAAGAUACCUAUUUGUGCAGCAUUUCAGGGGUAUGUUUUCUUCUUGAUAGUCAAAUCGUCUUAACGGACUAUUCGAACGCUUCGCUGAAACUGUUGAACCAGAAAUAUGAAGUGAUCAGCAGAACUCCCCUGGUUACACAUGCGCACGACAUAUGCCAUAUUUGUUCAUCAGAGGUGGCGAUUACUCUUAAUAAGCAAGCUACACACGAGGUGCAAUUGUUUACAGUGGAUAAAGGGAGACUGAUCAAAGGCAGGACUCAUCGGCUUGAACAUCAAUGUAUUGGAAUUAGCCAUCGACUGGGUGAGCUGUACAUCACUUCGGGGUCUGCGCUGUACAAAUACAGUCUGAGAGGGGAACUAAUAAAGAAAUUGUAA